AUGCCACCAAAGAGAAAGGCCGCGGCCAAGCUUUCUAACUUAGCAGAAUUUGACGAGGAGGACGCGACGCAGGCCCAGGAACCACACGACGAUGAGCGCCCUACGAAAAAGCCGAGAGGGCGGCCUCGCUCGAAGUCGACGGAGCUCAAGCCACCAACCCAAUCGAAAAUUGACACCACAGCUGCGCCCUCACAGGCGUCUGAGGUAGCACCGAAGAGGGGCACAAGAAGGGGGAGACCAAGGGGUAGCAGGGGCUCAUUGCAAUCUGUUACCCAAGAGAUAGAAGAGCAGAAGGAACCCGACGAAGCGGAGGAAGACGCUGGUCCUCACGUACCGGAGAGCGUGCCUGCAUCUAACGAUGAGCUAGUCACAUCGCAGCCUGCUACUAGGUCGGCUAGAUCUGCGAAACCCGCGAAGCCUACAACCACUCGCGGACGACGCAAGGCGACUGCUGAGAAGCAAGUCAAGACUGAUGGCGAAUUUCAAUAUACCCCGAGGAAUACGCGACAGCAUAAAUCACCGGUAAAAGGCGAUGAAGAGGCUGAACAAUCCACGAAGCGACGGAAAGCUGAUCCACAGUCGGAACCAGAAGAGGAGGAGGUGUCAGAAGAUGAAAAGGCUGCGCCAGAUGUUGUCGAGGAGACCUUUAUCCACGAGGAGCCGGUAGAACCUCGCCGGAUCUCCAUGUCGCCAACUAAGCGUAGACAAUCUACUCAACGUCCUCUGCAGAGCUCGCCACUGAAACCUAACGCGGAGCCGGAGUUAAGGCGCAAGAUCGGAGAACUCACAAAAAAAAGCAAAUGCCAAUAUGGAGAAAUUACGGAAACAAUGCGAAGCAUGACGAAUGCAUCAAACAACUUGGUUGCUGGUCUGAAGGCAGAACUGGAGGCACAGAAAGCUCUUGGUCAGCAGAGCCGGACUCUGCAGAAACAGUUGAAGGAGCGAGAUGCAGAAAUUGCUCAAUUGAAAUCGCAAGCCGAAGAUGCCACCAGUCAGCUCUCCUCGGCUCAAACUGAGGUUAAAGCUUUACAGACCAAACUUGCAGCUGCUCGGAAUACAGCAGCCAGUCUGGAAAGUGCCGCCGCCAAGGUUCCUGGAAGCGCUAUCAAGGGCAGUAACAACCGUGCUAAUGCCGCAGCAAAUGCUGAAGCCGCGCAAGCAGCUCAGUUUGCACAGCUUAAGGAAGAUCUUUACACUGAUCUUACUGGUCUGAUUAUUCGUGAUGUGAAGAAGGGAGACUCCGACAAUCUUUAUGAUUGUAUCCAGACAGGUAUUAACGGGACACUGCACUUCAAACUCGCCGUACCGCACGUUUCGUCAGCCAAUUUUGAGAAUGCAGAGUUUCAGUAUAUCCCACUUUUGGAUGAAAAUCGAGAUCGCGACUUGAUCGAUAUCCUUCCCGAGUAUUUAACGGUGGAUAUCACUUUUGUCCGUCAACAAGCGUCGAAAUUUUACACCAGACCGCUGCCGUGCCGUCUUGAGGACCGCCGAUUGGCUGCGGGCAUCCCCAAGUUCCUCAAGUCGUCAGGGACGCGGAAAAGUGCCAUCUUUCAUCGGAAGAUCACUUUGAGGCUGCUGUCGCCUCCGAUAUCCUUCUACACAGACCCUUGUCCGUCAAUUGAUCCGGAGCUGACAAAAGAAACCAUGGCGCGUGUCGGCCGCGUUGGGUUUCUCACCCUCGCGGUGGUCUUCCAUCUAAUGUACGCCUAUUCCAUCUUUGACAUAUACUUUGUCAGUCCGAUUGUUAGUGGCAUGAGAUCAUUCGGCGUGGAAAGAGAUACCAAAUCCGAGGCACCGGCCAAGCGCCUGGUCCUAUUUGUGGCGGACGGCUUGCGCGCCGAUAAGGCGUUUCAAGCAUUACCUGACCCAGAUGCACCUGCAGAUCUUCAGGAUGAAGAACCAAUCUACCUUGCGCCUUUUAUUCGAUCCCGCGCUCUCUCUCAUGGAACCUUCGGCAUCUCCCACACGCGAGUUCCCACCGAAUCGAGACCUGGCCAUGUUGCGCUUAUCGCGGGGUUGUAUGAAGAUGUUUCGGCAGUGACGACGGGGUGGAAACUCAAUCCAGUAGACUUCGAUAGCGUCUUCAAUAGAAGCCGACAUACAUGGAGCUGGGGGAGCCCAGAUAUUCUUCCGAUGUUCAAAGAGGGUGCCGUUCCUGGAAGGAUUGACGCAGACACAUACGGAGAAGAAGCGGAAGACUUCUCGGCAGAUGCGACCAAGCUUGACACCUGGGUUUUUGAUAAGGUGAAGGAGCUCUUCGCAUCUGCCAAGAAAGACCCGGAGUUGGAUGCGAAAUUGCGAGAAGAUAAAUUGGUCUUCUUCUUGCACCUUCUUGGUCUAGAUACUACUGGUCAUUCCUACCGUCCCUAUUCAAAGGAGUAUCUGCGCAACAUCAAGCUGGUAGAUAAGGGUGUGCAGGAAAUCACGCAACUUGUGGAGAAUUUCUACGGUGAUGGCAAGACGUCAUUUGUGUUCACCGCGGAUCAUGGUAUGAGCGAUUGGGGAAGCCAUGGGGACGGUCAUCCUGACAAUACUAGAACCCCGCUAGUUGCUUGGGGCUCUGGUGUUGCCGGUCCCAGUUACACACAAGAGGGAAGCAUAUCAGGACACGAAGAUGGAGUGUCAGCAGACUGGGGCCUUGAUAGCGUCCAGCGCAAUGAUGUUGCACAAGCAGACGUCGCUGCCCUCAUGGCCUAUUUGGUUGGACUUGACUUUCCCACCAAUUCCGUUGGACAGUUGCCCCUCAGCUAUCUGGAUACCAGUCCUAAAGAUAAGGCGUUAGCAGCGCUUGCGAAUGCGCAGGGAGUUCUGGAAAUGUAUCGUGUUAAGGAAGAGCAAAAGCGAGAUGCAUUAUUACGGUAUACACCGUUCGAGCCUCUUGCGGAUAGCGGCGAGACAUCCGUGGAGGUGCGUCUUGAGAGGAUCAAGACCCUAAUCUCGAACAAGUCUUACGACGCCUCCAUUCAAUUGAGUUCUGAGCUCUUAGUUACGGCUUUGGACGGCUUGCGGUACCUGCAAACAUAUGAUUGGCUCUUCCUGAGAACCAUCGUCACUUUAGGGUAUUUAGGUUGGAUUGCGUACGCUUUGACGACGGUAAUCGAUCUGCAUGUCCUGCACGGUAAAUCCGAGUCGAAUCGCACAACGUUCAGCAUCAUGUUCUUUUCAUCUAUCCUCGUUGCUCUCUUUUCUGUCUUAAUGUAUCAAGGCUCUUCAUGGAGGUAUUACUUCUAUGCACUCUUUCCAGUCUUUUUCUGGGAGGAGGUUUUCGCACGGCGGAAGGCCUUGCUUGCUGGCCGUGAGAUACUAUUGGGUCAUGUCCAUUCUGUAAGCGGGUACCUUGCAUUCGUCAUACAGCUCUUGCUAUAUGUGGGUGUAUUGGAGGCAUUGGUGCAAUCAUAUUUUCACCGGGAAAUCUUCACAGUUUGCUUUAUCUUGGGGGGCUUUUGGCCAGUAACCUACGGUACCAAGUUCAUUGGCGGGCAUAAGUUGCUUUCUGCAUCAUGGGCGCUCGGCUGUUUCCUCAUGAGCAUUUUUACUCUUCUGCCCGCCAACAAAGUUGAGGACACGAUGAUGAUUUCCUGUGGUUCUCUGUUGAUGUUCUUGACGGGUCUACUAUAUCUUAUCUUUGAACGCUCUAUCUUGGGACAGAAGCGUUCUCCCGAUCAAAACUCGGCUGUCUCUAGCUGCGGCUCGCGAACUAUUAUGGGUGCGCAGGUCGGUAUGAUACUGCUUGCCUUGAUUGUAACCAAAUCAAGUGUAGCAUCUCUCCAGGCCAAGCAGGGCCUUCCUCUUGGGAACCAGGUUCUUGGGUGGUCUAUCUUGGUUUCUUCGCUCCUUCUGCCGUUUCUCCACCGUCUGUAUCCCAAUGGUCACUACCUGCACCGAUUGAUGGUUAUCUUCCUUACCUUUUCUCCGAUUUUCAUUAUCCUCACCAUCUCUUACGAAGGCUUAUUCUACUUUGUCUUCUGCAUGACUCUGCUGGCAUGGGUCCGGCUGGAGCAGGCCAUCUAUGUUCAUACAGCGGCACCAGCUAGGGAGCAGGAUCAUGGCGUGGCCAAUGGCUCUAUCCCCACGAAAAAGCCGAGUCCAGGAAGCACUGUGGUAGUCGAAGGCCAAUCCUACCGAUACCGGACACUUAGCGUUUCCGAUGCCCGCGUGGCACUGUUUUUCUUUUUCCUCCUUCAGUCGGGAUUUUUCAGUACCGGAAAUAUCGCAUCUGUAUCAUCCUUCUCGCUGGAUAGCGUGUACCGGCUAAUCCCGAUUUUUAACCCCUUUUCUCAGGGCGCCUUGUUGAUCUUAAAGCUUCUGAUCCCAUUUGCGAUUAUCAGCGCCAACCUGGGCAUCCUCAACCGCAGACUGGAGGUGGCUCCCAGCGCUCUGUUUAUGGUUGUGAUGUCCAUCUCAGACGUAAUGACGUUAAAUUUCUUCUACAUGGUCCGUGACGAAGGAUCCUGGCUGGAGAUUGGCACGACCAUUAGUCACUUCUGCAUUGCCAGUUUCCUGUGUACGUUCGUGGCAGUCUUGGAGUUCCUGAGUGAAUUAUUCAUCAGUGGAGUGGACUUUGGACACAGCGCCACCACCGUUGGGUCCGCAGUUGCGAAAGCUGUCAAUGGGUCCAUGGCGUGUGGACAUUCUCCGGAUUCUGUUAAAUCCGGGGAUGAUACGAAGCACGCGGGGGGUCAGCGCCAAGGCUGA